GCAAUUGCAGAACUAUCUAUAACAUGUGUACACAGAAGCCUCCUCAUGAUUAUUCACAGCAGCUUUAUGACAAGUAUCGGGAAGAUUUUGAGGAGUAUAUUAAUUCAACGGUGUUGCCAUCUUUAAGGGAGAAGCAUGAUGAGUUCAUGUUAAGAGAGCUUGUUAAAAGAUGGGCAAAUCAUAAAGUCAUGGUCAGGUGGUUAUCAAGGUUCUUCCAUUAUCUUGACAGGUACUUUAUUGCUCGGAGGUCACUUCCUGCACUCAAUGAAGUAGGACUGACAUGCUUCCGUAACCAGGUAUACAAUGAUGUAAAAGAUGAAGUCAGAGAUGCUGUAAUUAAGCUUAUUGAUAAAGAACGUGAGGGAGAGCAGGUAGACAGGGCACUGUUGAAGAAUGUGUUGGAUAUUUUUGUUGACAUUGGCAUGGGGAAGAUGGAACAAUAUGAAAAAGACUUUGAAUCAUCCUUUCUCAAGGAUACUGGUGGUUACUAUUCACGCAAGGCAUCAAUCUGGAUUUUGGAGGAUUCUUGUCCAGAUUACAUGUUAAAGUGUGAAGAAUGCUUGAAGAAGGAAAGGGAAAGGGUGUCCCAUUACCUGCAUUUAAGCAGUGAACCAAAGUUGGUGGAGAAAGUGCAACAAGAGUUGCUGGUGGUCUUUGCUGGUCAACUACUUGAAAAAGAGCAUUCUGGAUGUAAGGCAUUGCUCAGAGAUGAUAAGGUGGAUGAUCUUUCUAGGAUGAAGAAACUUGCUCGGCGUCUACUUUUUGACCGUAGUGCUAAUGAUGAGCAUGAAAGGAGUAUUCUGACAAAGCUGAAGCAGCAGUGUGGUGGACAGUUCACUUCCAAGAUGGAGGGCAUGGUCACUGAUUUGACACUGGCAAGGGAAAAUCAGACCAGUUUUGAGGACUAUCUAAGCACAAACCCAGCUGCACAUCCUGGGAUAGAUUUAACUGUUACUGUUCUUACCACUGGAUUCUGGCCAAGUUAUAAAUCCUUUGAUCUCAAUCUCCCUGCAGAGAUGGUCAAAUGUGUGGAAGUUUUCAAAGGAUUUUAUGAAACAAAAACAAAACACAGAAAGCUUACAUGGAUUUACUCACUGGGAACUUGCCACAUUAAUGGGAAGUUUGAGCAGAAGACCAUUGAACUGAUUGUAUCUACCUAUCAGGCAGCUGUCCUGCUACUUUUCAACUCUUCCAACCGCUUAAGCUACUCAGAGAUCAUGGCUCAGUUGAAUUUGACCCAUGAGGACUUGGUCAGAUUGCUCCAUUCACUUUCUUGUGCCAAGUAUAAGAUUCUAACCAAAGAGCCAAACACUAGAACUAUCUCGCAAACUGACUCUUUUGAGUUCAACUUCAAGUUCACAGACAGGAUGAGGAGGAUCAAGAUUCCUCUGCUGCCGGUGGAUGAAAGGAAGAAAGUAGUUGAAGAUGUUGACAAAGAUCGGCGUUAUGCCAUUGAUGCUGCAAUUGUGCGCAUAAUGAAGAGCAGGAAGGUGUUGGGCCACCAACAAUUAGUCUCAGAGUGCGUUGAGCAGCUGAGCCGCAUGUUCAAGCCAAACACUAGAACUAUCUCACAAACUGACUCUUUUGAGUUCAACUCCAAGUUCACAGACAGGAUGAGGAGGAUCAAGAUUCCUCUGCCGCCGGUGGAUGAAAGGAAGAAAGUUGUUGAAGAUGUUGACAAAGAUCGGCGUUAUGCCAUUGAUGCUGCAAUUGUGCGCAUAAUGAAGAGCAGGAAGGUGUUGGCCCACCAACAAUUAGUCUCAGAGUGCGUUGAGCAGCUGAGCCGCAUGUUCAAGGUUAUUUUUGCUAUAAACUUCCUAUUAUUAAUUACAUCUGAUGGAACUUGCAGCCUGAUAUUAAAGCAAUUAAGAAGCGGAUGGAAGAUCUCAUCACUCGAGACUAUCUAGAAAGAGAUAAGG